CACGCCUGGGAGCGGUUGCCGGAGCGGAGGCGGUGCGGGCCGAGGGGCGCCGCCGGGGCCCGGCGGGAGCAUGGAGAGCCGGGGGGUGACGCCGGGGCCCUACCGGGCCACCAAGCUGUGGAAUGAAGUCACCACCUGCUUUCGGGCCGGAAUGCCUCUCAGAAAGCACAGGCAGCACUUCAAAAAACACGGCAGCUGCUUCACUGCCUGUGAAGCGGCCGAUUGGCUUUGUGAGCUGUUGAGAAGUAACAGCAAUUUUGGCCCCGAAGUCACAAGACAACAGACGGUGCAGCUGCUAAGGAAAUUCCUCAAGAAUCAUGUCAUUGAAGAUAUUAAAGGGAGAUGGGGGUCGGAAAACCUUGAUGACAACAAUCAGCUGUUCAGAUUUCCUACAACUUCUCCGCUUAAAACUGUACCACGCCAUCAUCCAGAAUUGAGAAAAAGCAACCUAGAGAAUAGUUCUAAAGAGAAAGAAAGUAUUUUUAAGUUGCGAUACUUAACUCGCAGAACUCCAAAAAAGCAUGUUUUUCAGGAAAAUACAGAAAAUAUUAGGAGUGAAAUUGGAGAUGAAAAUAAAGAAAAUAUAGUAGAGGAAAGGGAAGUAAGCCAAGAAGAUAUUGAGGAAAUUUGGAGACAUAUCAUUUUGAUGCACCUACAAACCAUUUUAGGUAUGCCAUCUUUAGAAGAAAUCUUGGAUCCAGCACAAGUAAUACCUCAGUACAUAAUCUAUAACAUGACCAACACAAGUAAACAUGGAGUGGUUGUCUUGCAAAACAAAGAAGAUGACCUUCCUCACUGGGUAUUAUCUGCUAUGAAGUGUCUAGCAAAUUGGCCAAGAAAUAAUGACCUGAGUCAACCAACUUAUGCUGGAUUUGAACGAGAUGUAUUCCGAACCAUUGCCGACUAUUUUCAAGAUCUCCCAGAACCACUGCUUACUUUCGAAUAUUAUGAGUUAUUUGUUAAUAUAUUGGUUGUCUGUGGCUACAUCAUGGUUCCCAGUAGAACCAGUGGAAAGCAUAAAAUCCAAGAUGAUUCACAAUCUUCAAAAGCCCUCCAUGUAAACAGCAUGAACUCUUUCAAAUCUACUGAAUGUCUUCUUCUUAGUCUACUUCGUAAAGAGAAACGGAAAGAAGAAUCGGGAACCCCUGAGAUUCUUGACACAAAUGAGCAAAGUUUUAAAAAACAAUGCACUAAAAAGCUGCCACUUUGUGGUCCAAGUAACAGGAGAUCCAGGACUAAUCUCUUAAUUGGAGGGAGUUGUCAAAACUUAACAGGUUUGAAAAAUAAACCUGUUUUGCCUUUAUCUCAGCUUAGACUAAGGUGCUAUUCUAUGGAAGGAAUUGCAGAUACUUCAGGGUUUGGUAGUACAGAAGGCUCAAGCUUCAAUCAGUCUGAUCUUAAUGUAACAGGACAAAAUAAAGAAAAACAAUUCUUGGAUUCUGAAACUGAAGAGAACUUUAAAAUGGAUAUUUGUUCAGAUGGAGAGAAUCAAAAAUCACCAUGUGUUGGUUUUAAAAGAAUGUCCACAGUUACUGUUCAAGAUCAGGAGGUAUCAUGCAAUGGGAAACUCAAAUCAAAGCAGCUUUGUAGGUCUCAGAGUUUGCUUUUCAGUACUUCUAAAAGAAGAAGUAGCCGGAUCAAUAUGCCUGUUGCUGAAAUUACCAUGAAGCCAAAUAGUGUGGGUCACCUUGGACAAAGCACCACAGAUGUGUCUGUAGCCAUGGAAAGUGAGCCUUGGGAUUCCAGGACCACAGUCAGGAAAAGGCUCUGCCAGAGUACCUUAGAGCUUUCAGGAAGGUCUUUCCCUCCAGUUUCUUCUAUGCUGACUGACACACAGAGUUUACUGCAGCCUCAUUUAGAGAGGGUUGCCAUUGAUGCCCUACAGAUAUGCUGCUUGUUGCUUCCUCCGCCAAACCGCAGAAAACUCCAGCUUCUAAUGAGAAUGAUUGCCCGGAUGAGUCAGAAUGUUGAUAUGCCAAAACUUCAUGAUGCGAUGGGGACAAGAUCACUAAUGAUACAGACGUUUUCCCGAUGUGUGCUGCGCUGUGCCGAGGAAAUUGAUCUCGACGAACUGCUUGCUACACGAUUAGUUUCUUUUCUGAUGGAUCAUCAUCAAGAAAUUCUUCAAGUGCCAUCUCACUUACAGGCUGCUGUGGAGAAACAUCUGGACUACCUGAGGAAAGGCCAUAUUACAUAUCCUGGAGAUGAACUGAUUGCAGCUUUGCCUACCUACUCCUAUUGUAAGCAGAUCAGCACCCAGGAAUUUGAUGAACAGAAAGUUUCUACCUCCCAGGCUGCCAUUGCCGAACUUUUAGAGAAUAUUAUCAAAGACAGAAACUUAUCUCUAAAAGAAAAAAAGAAAAAAUUAAAGCAGUUUCAGAAGGAAUAUCCUGCCAUCUACCAGACAAGAUUCCCAACUACAGAAAGUGAAGCCGCCCUGUUUGGUGACAAGCCGACAAUCAAGCAACCGAUGCUGAUUUUAAGAAAGCCAAAGCUCCGUAGCCUUAGGUACUAACUGACUAUCAAAUGAUAUUAAAUGAAGCCAUAUACUGAAGGAUAUAACAUUAGACAGUCUGCUUCUCCCCUCCUUUCCCAAAAUGAGUGUGCUGCAGACAUAGAAGGUGCCAAAAUAGUGAGACGAGUACUCCGUGUUUGCUCUGGAGGAUUACCACCAACCCAAUGGAUAACAAAUGAAGAAUGAAAGCAUGAUUAGUAACCAAAAGUAUUCUGAGCAUCUCACUGCAAACGACUAGAAACGCCAUGACGACGUGUGCCAGAAGUUGACGUACUUGACGCUGGCCAAAGGAUGCUUGAGCAGCAAGACUAACUCAGACCCCAGGAUGCUGGGUGGCCGUGUUGUGAGAUGAAAUUCUAGGUGAUUAGAGUUGCUAGGUAGCCAUGUAGUCCAAGCCUAGCUUGGAGAGGAAUUUUUAUAACCUCAGUAACUUAUAUGUUCUGCUACAUUUUGCACUCCUAUAUAUUUUUCCAUAUUUUUAUAUAUGUGUGUGUGUGUGUGUGUAUUUGUUUAAAAUCUAAAAAUACAGUAUAACAUUUUCACUCACUUGACCAUAUUUCCAUCUGGUUGGUCAACCAGUUGAGAAGCAUUACUGUGUCUUAAGGGUACAGAAGAAAUGGUAAGCCUUUGGUCUGGACCUCCCAACCUACAAGAUCACGGCUCUGAUUCCACCUAGUCUUCUUUCUCCACUUGGACCCAUUUUGAGCCAGGUUUAAGAGGAGCAUCUUUGAUAGGCACAAGAUUUCUUUGUAAAAUCUCAAUAGUAUUUUGCCCUACCUUCCUUAUUGGGGGGGAAAAAAUUAACUGCUCAAGAAGGAUGAUGCAUUGUUUACCCGGGAAGACAUCACAAAUAAUAUUAACAUGAGUUUGGGGAGCUGCUCAUACUGGGGAUCCUCAUGCUGUGACCUUCCAUAAGUGCAUGGAAUAUUCUCCUCCUCAUUUACUGAUGUGUGCUCUGCCCUGAUAAUUUGCUUCUGUAACUCAAAAAAGUGACUGAAUUGAGAAAUAUGAUACAUUCAGCUUCUCAGUGGAAUUUCAUGAUGCCUUAAUUGUUAAAUGGUAGCAUUCUGCAUGUUCCUGCUUUUUAUUAAGUUUGGAUCAUUCAUCCAGAUAUCUUGUCUCUGAAUUAGGUGAACAUACUGACCCCAAUUACAUCUUAAGUAUGUCCAGGUACUGUGUUUAAAAAUGUGUGAUAACAUGGUUGUAUUGGAAAUUGAGGUGAUAAUCAUUAUAAGGGUUUUUUGUAAUGGUUUAAUUUUGUUUAUUCCUAUAUUUAAUAAAAAAAAUUGUAA